CACACACACACACACACACACGGACACAGACGCACGGACGCACGGACGCACGCAGCUGCCACACACGCCACCCCUCGCCUCCCGGACCCUUCCCCUCCUGGGCCCUUCCUCCUCCCCUGCAGAGAUGACCAGCGCCGACUGCGCGUCCCAGCUGGAGCCGUUCCUCAAGGGCGAUCCGGCCCUGCUGGCCCGCGUUCGGGCUGCCCUCAGCGCGCAGCCGGACUUGGCGAGUCUCCUGCUGGACGUGGUCCGGGCGGCGACCGGCACGCCGGGCCCCGCGAAAAAGACCCCCGACCCGGUCGCCGGCAGCCCGGCGCCGCUCGUGCAAAUCGAUGGCCUGCUGAGCCUGACACCGGCGGCGCGUGGAGGCGCCAAGGCCCAGGCUGGAGCCCGGCUGCGGCUGCUCCCCGGCGGUCGGGCGGAGCUCCUGUCGGCCAGUGAGGCCGGCGGCGCGCCGCUGGCCGUGAUCGAGCGCCUGGCCGGGCUCCUGGCCGUGCCGCUGGCCGCCGAUGCCAAGGCCGAGCAUGGGCUCUUCGCCGGGUACGAGACGGCCACCGGGAGCCCCGCCAGCGAGGCGGAUCGCUGGGCGGUCCUCCUGCAUGGCACCGCCGACGGGGGGGCGCCCAGCUCGGUGCAGAGCAUGCGCCUGGGGGCGCACCUGGCCGGGCCGGUGGCCGAGCGCACCGUGGUCGGCCUGAUGCGUGCCCUGAAGGCCGCCCUGCCGGCGAUCCGGCUGGAGGUGACGGCGGACCCGGGGUCGGCCGACGCCGCGCGGCACCGCCCCUCGGGCCUGGCUCCUGGGGAUUUGACCGCGGGCUUGCUGGCGGCGGCUGCCCCGCUGACCGGCAUCGCGGCCUACCUCCGCGCUCGGGAGAGCCGGCUGCUCUUUUCCCCGUGCGGCAUCUACUUUGGCCUGGAGCGCCGGCCGGUGGUGGUCAUCCCGGCCGACCGGGUGGCCGACAUCCAGGUGGACAUGUCGGCCGCGCCGCGGUCCCUGGGGCUGGCGGUGCGCCUGCGCGAGGACCCGCCCGCCGACGAGCCGGGCCCCGCCGCCACUCCGGGCACCCCGCGCCGCCGGCAGCCGGCCAUCGAAUUCCACCAGAUCGCCAUGGGGCAAUUGCACGUGCUCCAGGCGGCCCGGCGGUACUUUGCGCCCGGCCCGACGGAGGAUGACUCGGCCCCGGCGCCCGGGGUGGUGGCCCCGACGGCCGGCAAGUCCCUGGGUCUGGCGGCCGGGUCGAUCUUGGCCCGUACGCUGGCCGAUCUGUCAGCCGGCAAGGAGCCGGGCCUGGCCCAUGCCGGGGCCGAUGACGAGGACGAUGAUGACAGUGAGGCCGGGGACUAUGAGCCCUCGGACGAGGGGUCGGACCUCGAUGGCGGGGCAUCCGGCAGCGAUGACUCCGACUCCGACUCCUCCGCGUCCUCCGACGCGGACUCCGGCUCCAGCGAUGGCGACGACGAUGAUGAGGAGGAGGCGGAGGCCAUGUCCAGCGAUGAGGACGCCGGGGCCGACCCGCACGCGGCCACUCCGCCCGCUGUGUCUCCGCCCCCGGUGGCCAGCCCCAAGCGCGCCCCGAGGCCUGCUCCGAAGCCCAGCUCGAAGGCCGCCGCCCCGAAGCGCAAGCAGCCGGCCCCGGCGGGGGAUGCACCCGCAACCAAGAGCGCCCCCCCGCCCAAGCGCGCCAAGCAGGCCGCCCUGCUGGCCGACUCGUCGGUCGUCGGCCCCAUGGCCGCGGCUCCUACGGCCGCGGCCCGCAAGAAGGGCACCAUCCAGCAGUUCUUCCGUGCCUCCACCGGCUCCUCAUGAAGCCUUGGCCGGGUUCUUUCUGCUGGCGGCUCGCCUGUGGCCGUUUUUGGCCCCCCCCCCCCUGGCAGACACACGGAA